UAACAAGAUGGAGUACAAGCUGAUAAUGGCGGUGUCCGGAUUCCCGAGUCUGUACGACACCACCUCCCUCACCUACCGGGACCUCAACAUGAGGAGCGACGCCUGGAGGCGGGUCGCAGAGAGCGUCGGUGUCCCCGGUGAGCCCCGGAGCCCGGAGCCCGGAGCCCGGACACUUCCUCCGGGGCUCCGUUAACCGUUAAUACCGUCCGACUACCUUUAUAUCUGUGACACAGACAGACAUUGGUUCCUACUGGAGGCCGGACACUGUUUAAUGUGUCACUGAAUGAAGCUAAUUCAUUAAACCCUAAAGUAACUUUAAUAUAUCGAUCAAUAUAUCGAUCAAUAUAUCGAUCAAUAUCAACAGAUUCCUUCUGGAGAAGAUCAGAACAAUACAGCUCCGUCUCUCAAUACCGUCCGACUACCCUUAUAUCUCCACCCGACGCACAUUGGUUCCUCCUGAAGGGCUGAAUCCGGUACUCGGAUACUUUACUGGAGUAAAGUAACGUGUUGAACCCGUUACUUCAGUGCAGAUAGAGUCUGAGUGCAGGAGGAAGUGGAAGAUGCUGCGGGACCAGCACCGGAGGGAGCGGCAGCGGGAGAAAGAGCGGCGGGAGAGCGGCGUCGGGCUCUUCAACUACCGGCCCUGGAGAUAUUCCGCCAUUUUGUCCUUUUUGAACCCGUUUAUCGACGCCAGGGCCGCCGGCACCAACGGCUGGGCCCUGGACCCGCAGCCCUCCCUGGACCCGCAGCCCUCCCUGGACCCGCAGCCCUCCCUGGACCCGCAGCCCUCCCUGGACCCGCAGCCCUCCCUGCUGCAGGUCUCAGACAUGAUGGGCUGCAGCACCACCACAGAAACCCGGAGCGACGACGACGACAACUACGGUAUCGCUACGACAACAACAACGUCUUCAUCGUCCUCAUCCUCAGAGUUCGUUCAGAGGAAGCGACCGUCGUCGGCCGGCAGAGACCCCGUCAGACUAAAAGAAGCGAAGAUCGAGGAGACGUCGGAGACCGCCGCGAUGGACGACGACGACGCACAAAUGCAACAAGUGCAACACGUCAACAUGAGGGAGCUGUUUGAGAUGAUGAUGCAGUCGGUGACGUCUCUGGCGACGUCCUUGGCUUCCUCGCACUCUUCCUCGCAGUCCCCGGAUCAGCCUCAGCCCGACCCGCUGACCCGCCGCAGCCCGCAGCCGCCCAGCGCCGCCUCCAGGCUGAAAACCGAGGAGCUGGAAGGCGUCGGAGAGGAGCCGCAAGAGCACGCCGACGGCGAGGAGGAGUGUCCCGCCAGGCCGACCCGGGCCCGGAGGAGGAGCGCCGACGGCCUGCUGGAGGAGUACCUGAGGAGGAUGGAGGCCCGGGAGGCUCAGAGGGACCGGGACGCGGAUCAGAGAGACGAUGUUACGCUGUUUUUACUGAGCUUGGCGCCCGCCAUGAGGAGGCUCCCCGCACAGAAACAGUCGCUGGUCAGAACCAAGAUCCAGCAGCUGCUCCACCAGGCGGAGUUCGGUUCUACGGACUUCCACUGAACCCAAAUACUUUCUAUAAACACUGCAUGGACACUUCAUUAUCUAACUCUCUCCAUUUUUAUUGAGACUGUGGCUCCACCGUUUGUGCUCUUUGUAUUAAAAUCCUCUUCUAACA